AUGAAUAAAGCGUGGAAUGCUCGAACUGCUGGUGUCGUUCCGCAUGAUAAUAUCUACUAUGGAAAAUGUCUUAUUGGUGGUGCAUUAGCCUGCGGUUCGACACACCUGGCAAUAACACCAUUGGAUGUCACAAAAUGUAAUAUGCAAGUUGAUCCAGAAAAGUACAAAAGUUUAUUCGGCAGUCUUCGAACAAUACUUCGCGAAGAAGGUAGUCGAGCGAUAUGGAAAGGAUGGGAGCCGACAAUCUUAGGAUAUUCACCUCAAGGAGCUUUAAAAUUCGGACUUUACGAAGUUUUCAAAGAUUCUCUAUCUAAUCUCGUUGGUUAUGACUACGCUCAUAGAUAUCGCGAUUGGAUUUGGUUAUCAGGUGCAGCAGCAGCUGAAUUCUGUGGUUGUUUAGCCUUAUGUCCAAUGGAAAUGGUCAAAGUCAAAGUUCAAACGAGCACACCCGGUACAUUUCCAACUGCCUUAAUUCCAGCUACCAUAGCCAUGAAUAAAGAUCGAAAAUCAACACGAUUUCCAUAUGGAUCAAUCAUUCCAUUAUGGUCACGUCAAAUUCCAUAUACUGUAACGAAAUUUUAUUUUUUUGAAAAAACUGUUCAGAUGUUUUACACUCAUGUUUUUACCGAACCAAAAUCAAGUUAUUCCAAAACAACACAAUUGGGUAUUACAUUUGCUGCUGGUUAUCUUGCUGGCAUUCUCUGUGCCGUUGUUUCGCAUCCCGGUGAUUCACUUGUUUCAUUAAUGGCUAAGCCGCAGUACAAAAAUAAGUCUAUUCAACAAAUUAGUCGAGAUUUCGGUGUUUGGAACCUUUGUACCAAAGGUUUAGGAACACGAAUUAUUAUGAUUGGCACGAUUGCUGCUUUACAAUGGUGGAUCUAUGAUACGUUUAAGACAGCGAUGGGCAUGGGUACAACAGGUGGAAAAUAA